GUGCCCUCCUUGCUGCUGCUAUAUAUGCAAAGCUCGGGUCUCGUUCGCUCUGUCCACUGUCCAGCAGUAGUACUAGUUGGAACACGGGAGGCUUCGUCACUCCAGAGUCGACAGCUGCUGCUCAAAGCUUCUCGAGAAAGAAUGGCGAGCUCUCUCUCACCUCCUCCAUAGCCAGCUCCAGCAUCCAUCCCUACCAAUCUCCCAGCCAGCAGAAGCCAUCACACAGACAGCCCGGGGAGCAGAAGCACGGAACGAAGGCGGGCCGGGGUCACGAGACGAGCCAAAGCAUGGAGACGCUUCAGAAGCAGCAGCAGCAGCAGCAGCAGGAUGCCGCUGGGGCUGCGAGCCGGUGCCCGCCUUGGCUCCAAGCGGCCAUCAAAGACAUCGAGCAGCGUGUGCGCGCUCUGGCGGUGAGCAGCGGCGCCCCGGACGACGCGUCGGCUGCGGCGGCGGAGCACUCGUUCGCGGAGCGCGCCGAGAACUACUACCACCGCCGGCCCCAGCUUCUCGCGCUCCUCACCGACCUCCACCGCCGCUACCUCUACCUCGCCGACCGCUACUCCCAGUCCCUCCUCGCCGCCAACAAGUCCCACGCCGCCGCCUCCUUCUCCGCCUCCGACUGCGACUGCUCCUCCGACGUCGACGACCGCUUCUUCUCCGACUCCGACGCCGGCAGCUCGCUCUCCUUCCAGCCCCCACCCCACCACAGCGACGCCGACGAGUCAGGAGAUGUCGUCGUGGCGGAGCUGGUCAUGGCGUGGGUGUCCGGGGACAUCCUGGCGGAUGCGGCUUUACGGCGGGAGGCGGAGUCCGCGCGGAGGAUCGAGCUCCAGGGGAGCUUGGUGGAGGUGCUGGAGUCGGAGCGGCUGGUGCUGCUGGGCGAGAACGCGCGACUGGGGUCCCGCGCCGCCGCCGCCGAGGCCGAGGCCGCCGCCGGGCUCGCCUUCGCGCGCCGGGAGAUGGCCCGGCUGCUGGCCGCCGUCAACCAUAACCGGCGGCAGCGCGCGUGCUGCGGCGGCGUGGAGGGGUUAAGGGCGCAGGUGCGCGCGCUGGAGCAGCGCAACAGGGAGUGCUUCGAGGCCAUGGCGUGCUGGGAGGCGGAGAGGAAGGCUGCCGUCGGGGAGAUCGAGAGGUUGAGGAUGGAGAACCGGCGGCUGGUUGCUGCUGAGGCGGAGAUGAAGGCGGCGGCGGGGAGAUCAAGGAAGCGCGGGGGAAAAGGAGGGUGGUGGUGGCUGGAGAGGGUGAGGAUGGCGGCGGAGUGGACGCCGUGCGCACCGGCGUCGGUGACGGUGAGGAGGGUGGGCGAGCAGAUCAAGGGCGGCGGCGGGAAGGACGCCAGCGCCGGGGGCGUCAAGUACAGCGGCGGCUGCUUCUGCCUGUAGCCGCAGCAGUACGAUUUGCUCUUUUUGGUCUGGCCCCUUGGCUUAGCGCGAUAUUAGUUGAAGGGCGAGUAGACUCAGUGUUGGAUCUACGAAGAGAUGAUGGUUUAGGUUGAGGUUAUUAUGGGAGGAAUGAGGGUGUAAAACGAUAAGUAGCUUCUCUCUCGACUGGUUACUCUACUCUCGCAGUCACAGUAACAGACCUGUGCUGUUUAUGGAGAUGGGUAUGCAGUAUAUAUAUAUAUUUAGUGUCAGUAAUGUCUUAUGUACGCCAAGUCGUUUAGCUUAAGGAUUUCUUCAGAAGCUAC